CAACUGUGCAUUCCAAGGCCCUCCUUGUUUGUAUUUCUACCCAUUCUGCGGAGUUGGGAGUCGCGACCUCCAGCACAGGAUGUGGUACCACAGGUUGUCCCACCUACAAAGCAGGCUCCAGAAUUUGCUGAAGGGAGGAAUCACAUGUCAAGCCCUUCAACAGCCUAAUUUCAAAAGUUUAUUUCCAAUAGCCAUCCAUUGGCACCAUACAGCCUCCAAAUCUCUGAAUUGUGUUUGGCAGCAACUUGAAGAUCAUUUUGAAUUGCAAUAUGCUGACACUGUGAUGCGCUUUGAUUAUGUCUGGCUUCGAGACCACUGCCGCUCAGCAUCUUGCUACAACUCUAAGACUCACCAGCGCAGCCUGGACACUGCCAGUGUGGAUUUAUGUAUCAAGCCAAAGAUCAUUCGUCAGGAAGAGACCACACUCUUUUUCACUUGGCCAGAUGGUCAUGUGACUAAAUACGAAUUGGAUUGGCUAAUGAAAAAUAGCUAUGAAGGACAGAAACAAAAGGUUAUCCAGCCUAGAAUAUUAUGGAAUGCUGAAAUCUACCAGCAAGCCCAAGUUCCAUCUAUAGAUUUCCAGAGUUUCUUAGAAACCAAUGAGGGACUGAAGAACUUUCUACAAAACUUUCUGCUCUAUGGAAUUGCAUUUGUAGAAAAUGUUCCUGCCACUCAAGAACACACAGAGAAGUUGGCAGAAAGGAUCAGCUUAAUCAGAGAAACCAUCUAUGGGAGGAUGUGGUAUUUCACUUCAGACUUCUCGAGAGGUGACACUGCAUACACCAAGCUAGCUCUGGAUCGGCACACUGAUACUACCUAUUUUCAAGAGCCCUGUGGCAUUCAAGUAUUUCACUGUCUUAAGCAUGAAGGAACAGGUGGCAGGACACUGUUAGUAGAUGGAUUCUAUGCAGCAGAACAGGUACUUCAAAAGGCACCUGAGCAAUUUGAACUCCUCAGCAAAGUGCCAUUGAAGCAUGAAUAUAUUGAAAAUGUUGGAGAAUGCCAUAACCACAUGAUUGGAGUUGGGCCUGUCUUAAAUAUCUACCCAUGGAAUAAAGAACUUUAUUUGAUCAGGUACAACAACUAUGACCGAGCUGUCAUCAAUACUGUGCCUUAUGAUGUCGUUCAUCGUUGGUAUACAGCACACCGGACUCUAACAAUUGAGUUGAGGAGACCUGAGAAUGAGCUUUGGGUCAAACUAAAGCCUGGGAGGGUCCUAUUUAUAGACAACUGGAGAGUCCUACAUGGCAGGGAAUCCUUCACUGGCUACCGCCAACUGUGUGGCUGCUACUUAACAAGAGAUGAUGUCUUAAAUACUGCUCGUCUCUUGGGGCUCCAGGCUUAAAUUUGACAGCAUUGGGAUUAAGAACAUACCUGCCACCUUGGCUACCAGAAUUUCAUAUCAGCAGAAUGAUAUUGUGUGAAAAUCUACUUCAUAUUGUCUCUCUAUCCCAUCCCAUGAAACAGAAGCGGCCCCUUUCUCUAGCAUGGGAACAUGUUACAGAGAGGGGGGCUUCUGUCAACCAUCUAGUGGGGUAGAUCUUUCCCCCAAGCUAUAACAUGAGCUCACAUUUUCUAAACCUUUUUAGAUAAUUUUGGUAACUAUACUUCAGAAACAUAGAGAAUUCCUUUGAUUCUCCAUAUUGAAAUCAAAGCAAUACUGAGUAGGUAAAUUUUCCUUCUGACUAGGACAGUUAGAAUGAAAUCCAUUCUAGAAAUAACACUGAUAAAUCAACAAUUCACCUAAAUUUUGGUCUUAAUAUCCACAAGGGAGAACAUGUGGUACUUGUUUUUCUAUCUGAUCCACUUCCCUUAACAUAAUGUCCUCUAAUCCCAUCUAUUUUUAUACGAAUGAUAGGAUUCUUUUACAACUGGAUAGUAUUCCAUUGCACAUAUGUAUGACAUUUCCUUUAUCCAUUCAUCUGUUCAUGGGCAUCUAGGUUGAUUCCAUAUCUUGGCUAUUGUGAAUAAUGCAGCAAUAAACAAGACCAUGCUAG